CGUCAACUCUUGAUUCCAGGGGAUAAGAUAACCACCCCUCUCACAGCGAAUUCGCCAGCCAUGUUACUACGGCAUAGCGCCUCUAGGGUGCUGUUUCUUCUUACUGCUUUUCUACUCUGGACUUCUUUUGCGGUGGCUUCCUCCCCCGCGUCAUUCUGCAAGUGCACCUGCUUCUCCAAUAGUACGAUCAUUCCUCUCGAUCCCGACUCUUCCGAAUCGACAUCGGCCUUGAACGGUGUCUCCCAUUUCCUUCGUCGCAGCGAUGAUACCGCUAUUUUGGAUACAAGAGCGAAGAAUUAUCGCUCUUUGAACUGCAACGAUUGUAACCGGAAGUUCUGCCUGGACUAUGACUUGCCCACCUGUCAUGGUGCUAAGGAAGAUGAUGUCUUUACCACCUGUUUCCAGAGAGACUCCCGGAAAGACCAAGCCAUUGUGUUCAUGUUUAUCAUUGCUACUGGCAGUCUGCUUGCCUGGGCGAUCUUUAAGCCUUGGGUAGAGAAGUGGCUCGAGGCUGCGAGAGAGCGGCGGUUAUAUAUCCCAGUGUCCGAAAAUGCUGGUCGUUAGGGACACAUGUCAUAUCCAGAUUAUACACUAUCAUAGUCCGGUACCUUUUUACCCGGAGACCCAAUCCAGUCGCUCGAGGCCAUCGAAGCCGACCAUCUGCGGCACCAGGGGUAAAUUAAAUCGGCAUCUCGAAUGAUCGUCAGGGUCGGAGCACGACUCACGCUCGACAUGAGGGUUUAACACGUGCUACCGAAUGCAUGCUUUGACAUACAGCACGUGAGCAUAACAACUCAAACAGAAAGACUAUCUUUCCCCUUUAUGGUGGGCAUACCAUGGCAAAUUGUACAGAUCAGCCGGUGCCCUCCCAUUACCAAGCAAUAUUUCGCAACCUGUUAUCCGAAG